UUAGCAGAGAAAUUAUAUGAUGAAAUAAGAAUACUUUGUUGGAUCAUGACAAGCCCUUUAACAAUUCAAUUGAGAGCAAAGCACAUCAGUGAAACAUGGGGGAAGCACUGCAAUAAAGUUUUGUUCAUGAGCUCUGAAAAUGACACACAUCUACCAGCAAUAGGAUUAAACAUAAACGAGGGCUACGAUUUCCUAUGGAACAAAACGAAAGCAGCUUUCAAGUACAUUUAUACAAAUCACCUGAACGAUGCUGAUUGGUUUGUGAAGGCAGAUGACGACACUUACAUGAAUAUUGAAAAUUUGAGAUACUUAAUCACUCAACUCAAAGAAAAAAGCUCAUCUUACCUGGGUCGAAGGUUUAAAUUUUUUUUUCCAGCGGGUUACAUGAGUGGAGGAGCAGGAUAUGUAUUGAGUAAGAGUGCUCUGCACAAGUUUGUGAGACAAGGUUUAAAAGCCAAAUACAGUGCAUUCUGUAAAGCAGAACCUGGUGGUUAUGAAGAUGUAAACAUGGGGCAAUGCUUGAAAUAUUCAAAUAUAAUGCCAAUAGACACAAGAGAUGAAAAAAAUAUGGAAAGAUUUCAUCCUUAUCCUCCAUAUUUUAUUUUAACUGAUCUUUUUCUGGAUAAAGAUGAUUGGAUCUUCAAUUACUCCUAUUACCCAUGGAAAACUGGACCACCAUGUUGCAGUACCACAACGAUAUCCUUCCACUACAUGCUCCCGAAAGACAUGUACCAAACUCACUAUCUGGCUUAUCAUUUAAAGCCCUAUGGAAUGAAUAGAAAUGUGACUGUUAAAUACUGA